AUUCUUUGCUGGAGAAAUCCACAGAGUGUGUGUCACGAGUUUGUUCCCUGAUGGAUCAGAAUGUAGUAAAAUCGAAUUUGAUGUUUUGUCAUUGUUAGGCCAUUAAUGUGAGCAAAAUUCUGGUUUGCUUGUUGAAAUUGAAAUUCUAGUAAGCCGUUGAAAAUUGGUGUAAAAACUUCUGAAACAAUUACCGUCCCAGCCUACUUCUCUUGAGAAGAAAGAAAACUUACCAAUCAUAUCCUUGACCCAGGCAGGAAUAAAACGUACUCGUAGUGAAAAAUGCGUUUGAUCGAUAAAAUUUGUCACAUUGUCACCGUUCCGGUGUCCCCGAAGUACCUCCGGAUCUCGACUCUGCUGAUUGCCAUCUACAAAGUGCUCGUGGCCCACAUCCUGCUGUUCAUUAUGCUGCUGGGGCUGGCCCAUGCCGAGGAGAUGAGUGCCAUCCUGGGGGCGGACAUCGCGGACCAGAAGGAGCGGGAGGAGUAUAUUUACGUUCCGACCAAUGCCAAAGGCGAAACCAUGAACCAGCUGCGGUUCAAAACGGCCGCCAAUUUGGCUUCGGUCACCCUCUGCAUGUUGUACAUCGGAACAACUCUGGCCACGAUCUAUGUGCUGAGCUGUUUGGGGCUGCUGAUUGGAACUCUUCGCAAUAGGCAUGAGCUGUUCAUCCCCUGGAUGGUGGUGGACUUUUUCGGCACCCUGAUCUGUGCCUCGAUUAUGAUCGCCGUUGGCUACAACAAGAUGGCUUAUCAGCUGGUUGGAAAGUGGCAAUAUUGGGGCUUCUGUUUCGUGAUGACGUCGUUUAAUUUGGUAAUCUGGUCGGUGGUGCGGCUGUUCUACAAGAAUCUGGCCCACAUGACCAAGCUGCGGGAGGUAGCUGUCGUCGCAAUUCCGUGCCCGGCACCCGGAUCGGUAAUUCCCAAGAACUGUUCAGCCGCCGCUCCUUACCACUAUCGGAAGGAGAAUAUGCACCUCAGCGAUGGGGGUCUCAAACAUAUUCUGUUCGACGCUAAUGAGGCCAACUAUCUGGUGUAAGCGCACAACUAAACUACAUGUUGAAACAGAAUCCAAAACCAAAAAAUAUAAAAAAGAAAGAGCUUUUGAGUUGGGCAGGUCUUUGAAACGAAAACGAAGCGUGUCGUGAACAAUAAUGGUGAUUGAAUGUUAACAUUUCCAAGCAAAAUUUCCAGAUUUUCCUCCAAAACCAAAUCUUUGACUUCUCUCCAAACAACAAACAAAUCUGUAGAAAUCUAGAGGUAGAGUUUCCUGUUUAUCAAAUAAAGUAUAUGAAUAAAGUCUUUAAACGUAAA